AUGCUAGGUGACUUGAUCACCCCUGCAUCGUGGAUGAGAAACUUUGUCACUUUACACCCGGCAUACAAGCAAAACUCCGUUAUCGGCGAUGAGGUCAACUACGAUUUGGUCAAGGCCAUUGAUGAGCUUGAAAGAGGUGUCAGGUCAGCUCCUGAGCUCUUGGGUAAAGACUAUGCUAUAUCAGGACCAACGGAGGCGCUUUAG